GGGAAAUUUUGAAAGCUGCUGUGAGGAGGAGCUAGUGACUGGGGUUGGGGUGUCCUGCGCCUCACUCUCCCCACUUGUGGGCAAACCUCUUUACAUCCAGAGGGAAGUGAAUUGGAAGAGGAAGACUGAUCAGCCUCUAGGAGCAAAGCAAUCCUCCUGCUGCCACCUCUUGUCCUCUGUCCCGCGCCUCCUGACUGUCUUCCAAAGCAAGCUCCGCUGGGCCAAGGUGGCGCAGCAAGUCCUGUCCGAGGGCCCUCAUCUGCAUCCCAGGCUUCCCUCUUCUCUGCUCGCCAUCCCUGGCCUUCGGGACUGCUUGUGAUGGCUGUGGCCUGCGCCGCCCCAGGGAGCAUCUUCUGUAGGCAGCUCCUUUUCUCUCUCCUGGUUCUGCUAUUAUUUUGCGAUGCUUGUCAGAAAAUAUCUCUUCAAGUUCCUUCUCAUCUUCAGGCUGCAGCACUUGUAGGCAAAGUGAAUCUGGAGGAGUGUCUCAAGUCAGCCAGCCUAAUCCUGUCUAGCGACCCUGCCUUUCGAAUUCUAGAAGAUGGCUCAAUUUACACAACGCGUGACCUCAUUUUGUCUUCUGAAAGGAAGAGCUUUUCCAUUUUUCUCUCAGACUAUCAGAGACAGGAACAAAAAGAGAUAGAGGUUGAACUGUCAGCCAGAGGAAAAAAGACCAUUAGGAAAAGGCAGACCAAAGACACAGUCCUCAGGCGCAGUAAGAGAAGAUGGGCUCCUAUCCCAUGUUCUCUGAUGGAGAACUCACUGGGUCCAUUUCCACAGCAUGUUCAACAGAUCCAAUCUGAUGCUGCACAGAAUUAUACUGUCUUUUAUUCCAUAAGUGGACAAGGAGUGGACAAAGAGCCUUUCAAUUUGUUCUACAUAGAGAAAGAAACUGGAGACAUCUAUUGUACACGAAGCAUUGACCGUGAGCAAUACGAUAAAUUUGAGGUCUAUGCCUAUGCAAUAACCCCAGAUGGCUAUGUACUUGAGUAUCCACUCCCCUUGUUUUUCAAAGUUGAAGAUGACAAUGAUAAUGCUCCAUAUUUUGAAAACAAAUUGACAGUCUUUAGUGUUCCUGAAAAUUGCCGAUCUGGAACUUCUGUGGGACAAGUGACUGCCAUAGACCAUGAUGAACCUGACACUCUACACACUCGUCUGAAAUUUAAAAUCCUACAACAAAUCCCAGAUCAUCCAAAGCAUUUCGCCGUACAUCCAGAUACGGGUGUCAUCACUACAACCACACCUUUACUGGAUAGAGAAAAUUGUGAUACUUACCAAUUAGUAAUGGAAGUUCGAGACAUGGGGGGUCAACCUUUUGGUUUAUGUAAUACAGGAACAAUUACUAUUUCACUUGAGGAUGAAAAUGACAAUUCACCAUAUUUUACAGAAACUUCUUAUACAACAGAAGUAGAAGAAAACAGAAUUGACGUUGAGAUUUUACGAAUGUCGGUACACGACAAGGAUUUGCCAAACACUCCUCACUCAAAGGCUGUAUAUACAAUCCUACAGGGAAAUGAAAAUGGGAAUUUCAAAAUCAGCACAGAUCCAAAUACAAACGAAGCAGUCUUAUGUGUUGUCAAGCCAUUGAACUAUGAAGUCAGUCGCCAAGUUAUUUUGCAAAUUGGUGUACUUAAUGAAGCACAAUUCUCUAAAGCAGCAAACUCACAACCUCCCACGAUGUGUACUACAACUGUCACUGUGAACAUUAAAGACAGUGAUGAAGGCCCUGAGUGCCAGCCACCGGUGAAAGUUAUUCAGAGUAAAGAUGGCCUCCCAGCUGGCAAGGAACUCCUUGGAUACAAAGCACUGGACCCAGAAACACACAGUGGUGAGGGCCUAAGGUAUCAGAAGGUAGGAGAUGAAGAUAACUGGUUUGAAAUUAAUGAGAACACCGGCGACUUACGAACUUUAAAAGAACUAGAUAGAGAAUCAAAAUUUGUCAAAAACAACCAAUAUAAUGUUUCAGUAGUUGCAGUGGAUGCAGUUGGCCGUUCCUGCACUGGGACAUUAGUAGUUCUUUUGGAAGAUUUUAAUGAUCACCCACCACAAAUCGAUAAAGACGUGACCAUCUGUCGUCACGAAAAGGAUUUUGCUGUUCUAGAACCCGUAGACCCAGAUGCGCCAGAAAAUGGUCCACCUUUUCAAUUCUUUCUGGAUAAUUCUGCCAACAAACUUUGGACUUUAGAAUCAAAAGAUGGUAAACGUGCUAUCCUUCGUGAACGGCAAAAUCUCGAUUAUAACUAUUAUUUCGUGCCUGUCCAAAUACAAGACAGGCAUGGUUUUGCUGCAAAACAUGUGUUAUCAGUGAAAGUGUGUGAUUGCACUAUUCCAUCUGAGUGUAGGAUGGAUGUUAAAAGUCAGAGAGAUGUUAAACCAUCAAAUGUAAUACUUGGAAAAUGGGCCAUUCUUUCCAUGGCUUUGGGAUCUGCAUUGUUGUUAUGUAUUCUGUUCACAUGUUUCUGUGUCACUGCUCAGAGAACAGUAAAGAAAUGUUUUCCAGAAGAUGUAGCCCAGCAAAAUUUAAUUGUAUCAAAUACUGAAGGACCUGGAGAAGAAGUGAUGGAAGCAAACAUUAGGCUCCCCACACAGACGUCCAACAUUUGUGACACAAGCAUGUCUGUUGGUACCCUUGGGGGCCAGGGAAUCAAAACGCAGCAAAGUUUUGAGAUGGUCAAAGGAGGCUACACUUUGGAUUCCAGCAAAGGAGGUGGACAUCAGACCUUAGAGUCCAGCAAAGGAGCAGGGCAAGGAAUGAUGGACACUGGCAGAUAUGCAUACACGGACUGGCAGAGCUUCACCCAACCUCGGCUUGGUGAAAAGGUGUAUUUGUGUGGCCAAGAUGAGGAGCAUAAACACUCUGCAGACUACGUGCGUUCGUACAACUAUGAAGGCAAGGGGUCUGUGGCCGGCUCCGUGGGCUGCUGCAGUGAUAGGCAGGAAGAAGAAGGCCUGGAGUUUCUGGAUCAUCUGGAACCCAAAUUUAGGACAUUAGCAAAGACGUGUGCAAAGUAAUAAGUGUGCUUUUAAUACAGCACCAUCUACAAAUACAAACUUCAGGGUUUAUUGGAUGUAAACACUAGCAGCAUCUGCUACUGUUUUUUGGAGAUAAACUUUGCGUCAUGUACACAGUAAGAUACUCUAAGUAUGAGGUUUCCCUAAAUGCUCCUUGUCUGACAUUACUUGGAGGCUCUUUGGAAAUUAAGGCUGCAUUUGUUAAUUUUCUUUUACAUGCAUGUAGAUACUACCUUUGUGGGACUGUGUGCUGUCUUGUACCUGCUAUUUGAACUCUUGUGUGCUAGGGAAGAGAAUGUAGGAGAGCUGGGUAUAGUGGAAGCUCAUUGAAAAUGAAUUUUCCUUUUAGAUGGAUAAGUUAAAUAUUUUCUUCAAAAUCUUGAGGAGAAUUGUGCUUUUAGAAAUAUUUUGUUGGGUGCCAGAGAAUUGCUUUUUUCUCUACUUGUCUUUAAAAAGAAUUUCAAUUAUUCUUAAGUGCAGUCGUCAGUUUGUUUAAAAAAAAAAAGAAAGAAAAAAACUCAUUUCUUACUACAUUUUUCACUCCCUAGGGAGGGUGCUCAUAGCAUGGAUUUCUUUCGGGAGCUCGGUCCUGGGGUCUCUGCCCGCGUGGAUAACUUACCAGCUCCUUACAGCUUCUAGCACUGUUGGAAAGACAAGGACUAGAGUAAGCUCCCAGCAGCUUGAGCAGCAGAGAUUUGCCAAGGAAUUCAUGAGACGAUUUCCAGGAAAAGAAUGGCAACUCUGAUGCUCAUGGGUUAGCCUGGACUCAUACUUGUGUUUCGUUUGGUCGGUAAGAUCUAAAAUUAUAAAUAGCUUGGCAAGAACAUGCACUCUAGUUUGAUGCUGGCCCAUCAGUUCUGUGACUUUCACCCUGAAGGCAUUAGGCUGGAACCCUAAUACACAAGAAUUAAGCAAUAGACCAAAAACUGAGCUGUCAUCUAUACUGGGACUUAACACGUAGUCAGUCUACAGUUGUGAUUACUUUUCAAAAUGGAAUAUCAGAAAUGGUGUCUGGCACAUGUAGGUUAGAAAAUUGGUAUCUAUCACAUCAACACUGACCAAACAUUUACUCAAUGAUGCUCAAAUGAAAAAACAGAUGAGCAAAUAAAUUACUCUUUAGUCAAAGCACCUAAUCUCAAAAUAAUUACACAUUUAAAUAAUAUCUUCUUUUAGCCAUUUGUGGCAAACUACAAAUUUAUAAGCAAUAAUAGCAUACAUCACAUGACAAUUUCUCAUGCAGACAAAGGUUAUAUUUUUUAGCCUAUUAACUAGUUAACUUGAAAAAAAUGAGUUUUUAAAAACAUUUUGUGAUUAGUCUUAGUCUUAUUCUCAGGUAAAAUUUCUAGUAAAAGGUAUUUCCUCACAUGAGUUGGGUAAUGCAAGAAAAGAAAAAAGUAGUUUUAAUAAUUUGAAUUUUAUUUUCUAAGCUACCCAUAAUGCAUGAUUUUAUAGCCAUUGUAAGAUAAUUUGAGGAUGAUACUGCAAUUUCUGUUUUUUGAUAUACACAUUACUCUGACAAUGAUGCUAGUUUUGCAAUUUUAAAAUAUAAAAUUGGAAUAUAUCAUAAUAAGUUAUGGUUUUAAAUGUAGAUAUGGAAUGUCUUGAGGAUUUAAAAAUCAUUAGCCAAAUAUUAGCUCAUAUGUUUGUGUUCAUGUUUUUUUCUUAUGCUUGCUUUAAGUAUGAAAAAGAAAAUUUAUAUCAAUGUAAAAGUACAAUUAAUGUCCAAAGGUAGAUUUCUUGUUAAGCAAGAGAAAAACCUCUAAAAAUAUAGAAAGUAUGGGAAAUGAAUUUGUGUUAAGCAGUUUUGUCUACUUAAAAUGUUUCCAAAAUAUUAUUAAAAUUUAUCUCAUGGAGAAAGUAGGACUGUUUUUUUAUUUACUUGUGCAACUCAGUCAUUCUCUGUUUACACCCCAAAUUAAAUGUUAAUUAUAUGAAUAAUUAAAUUUAUGAAACUCCACUAGACUGUUUAUAAAUUCAGUUCAAUAAAACAUUGCAUUUUGUGGAUUUAUUUCAUAUAAGUUAAUUGUCAGUUGAUCAUCAAUUAAUGAUUUAAUAGUUAUGAAUAACUUUUAUUUAAAUUUAUAGUGAACAAAUAAAAAUUCUAUUUUCCUUAUCUUGAUUCGGGUCUCAAAUAAUUCAUAUGAAAAUGAGAUACCCAAGUAAUAUUUAUAAGCAAACUUCAUUUACACCUUCUAACCUAACUGAAUUUUAAUUCCUCCUGUACCUAUGAAAAUUAUAAAACUUGACCUCUUUGCAUAUGUUUAAUUGUAGAAAAUGACAUAUGAUAUGUCACCUGAAAAAAGCUCAAAAUAGGUAUUUUGGAAUGGGUGUUGUGGCUAGGGCAUUGGGGUGCAGCCAUUUAAGCCACUGCUUAGGACACCCGCAUCUGACCCUGGAGGGCUUGGUAUACUGGGAUUUAAGUCCCAGUUCUACUUCAUAUCCAGCUUCUUGCUAACAUGCUCCCUGAGAGGCAGAAAAUGAUGGCUCAAAUACUUGGGUUCCUGUACCUAUAUGGGAAACACAAAUGGAGUUCCUGGUUCCAGACCCAACAGUUUUGGGCAUUUGGGGAGUGAACUAGCAGAAAGUAGGUCUCUCUCCCUCUCUUUCUGUUGUUAUGACAUUCAUAUAAAUAAAUUCAUAUAAAUAAAGAUCAUAAAACUGUAGAUGUUUUAGACUUGAGGCUUGUUAUCACAGAAAAGCUAAGUCCUUUUUAAUAGUGUGUUAGUUACACUAACUGAAAAUCCUAAGUGAAAUUAGGAUAAUGAAACAUCCAAUACAUUUUGCUUUAUUUUCUUAGUCCCUUUUUUGUGCUUUGCCUAAUAAAUCUGAAAAAAACAUUAUAUGUGGCUGGAUAUUGCCUUUGUGGCGCCAUACGGGUUUUAACCAGCUGAGCCAUAGCACUGGCCUCGGAUUUCAGAAUUUUUAAAAUUUAAUUUUCAGUAUGCAACACUUAAUACUUGCAAUUUUACAGUUUUGUUUGUCCGUGCUUGCAGAAUUUAAAAUGGUGUAACAUGGAAUUUUAACACUAUAAAGAAGUUCCAAAGCUUCAUUUGAAAUAUAUAAGGUUUUACCUAGAAUCCAUGUAGAGUUAUUUUCUAUCAUGUAAAAAAAAAACUUUUAAAAAGCCCUCUAAUCCAAAUUAGAAAUGAAUAUAUCUCCUCAUUUCACUUUUCAUUUCCUAAAAUAUACAGAAAAUUAGUAAUUAAAAAGUGGAUGACAUAUAUAAAAUUCAGCCUCCCUUGAAACCCAAGUUCAUAAAGACCUUCUAUCCAUAGUAGGUCUCCUACCGAAGGUAUGUGUGUCUACUAUAUUUCUCACCUCUUGGUCAUCCCUACUAAAAUCCUGAUUUAAUGGCUCUUGAAAUGUGAUUACUGGACCAAAAGAAUCAGCAUUAUCUGGGAGCUUAUUGGAAAUGCAAAUUCUUGGGUCCCUGGCCCAGAUAGGCUGAAUUAGGAAAUUCUGGGCGUGAGAGCCAGCAACCUGUUUGAACAAUCUCCUGCAUUGUGUCUGCCAUACGACAAAGCUUGAGGAUGCCUCUGCUUACUACACCCUUCAAUCCAGCACAAGUUCUCUGACACUGAGUGUUGCCUGCCGGGUCCCAGCGAGGGCUUCACCCCAGAGCUAGUGGAUUCGCAGGCCCCUCCUCGUACUGAUUAGUUCAGAACCUGCCCUUUUUCAAGAUUCGCCAGGCGAUCUGCACACAUGUGAAACUUCCUCAAGUUCCACAUAAAACAUUAGGCAUCAGGAAAGGCAGCAAAAACCAAGAGGUGAAAAAUGGAGUUAGAGUGAGCAACACAGGUAGCCUCAGGCAGCAGGUUUAUCCCCUACCACUCGGUGUGGAAGUGCAUCCUUGCCCAGCUGGUGACCCCGGCUCAAGACCACAUGUCACCAGCCACACAGCAGCAAGCCCUCACUGCCAAUUCUCGUGUACCUGGCUAAUGGCCUCUUUGAUAAACUUUGUACUUAUCAUAUAUUGGAGGGUGUGCAAUGACACAGGAUGGAGCUAAAUUUAGAUAAAUGCAUUUCCAUUGCCACUGUACUUGCCAAAUGUAUCCUUUUAACUCAUAAUUAAGAAAAAAAAUUCAACAAAAUCUCACUAGUUUUGAUUAAGCCUAUGCAGCAGAUUUAUCAAAUUAUGUUUAAAAACCAAAUUGCACAUCCUUGGGUAGUUUAAGCAAAUAUUUUCUGAUCAUUUCGGCUAGCAGGUGUCCUGAUAGAAUCAUUUAAUACUGAGCUAGUUUAUCACCAUAGAUCUUUCAAAGUUUCUAGUUUGGUUGAAGUGGCUGACUUUAUAGGUGUGACUAAGAAGUUGUCAGAACCAGUUAUUUUUAUUUAGUAACCACAGUCUUCCAUGAUUGCUGCUUUUUGUUUGACUGGGAAGUCACACAGAAGAAAACAGACACAUUUUCAGAGUAAUUUCAGUAUUUUAAUGUAAUGCUAAUUGAGCAUUAUGAUAAUUAUUACAUAAUACUAUAAAGUGAUGAUAGAAUAUAGGAAACAAUUAUGAAGUACAGAUGAUAUCAGUCAUUACACUGAAAUAUUAACUUAAUGUUAAUGUUCCAACAUUAGACAUAUUGCAAGUUAAAGAAGAGUUAAACACUGGCUCCUGACAGACAUGUCGCUCGAUAGUUCAGAGAUUGUGGCUGAGAUGCUGCUGUCUACCAGCCUUGCCUAGCCUUGUUCUUUCUUAGAGAUGGAGCUCUGAUUACAUUCAGAGUGGCUAUGUGUCUGGCUUAGAGAGCGUUGUUUCCAACCCUCCUGAACUAAGUUUGUGAAUAUGUCCUAAAUUCUGGCCCAAGAGAAGCAAGCCAAAAUGCUGUGUGUGAAACUUCUGAGUAGGAGUUUCUAAGGGAGCUGAUUGACCUAGAAGAUACUUUCUCUUUUCUUUUCCUCUCCUCCCCUCCCCUCCCUUCAAUUCUCCCCUCCUUUCCUCUCUCCUCCUCUCCUUUCCUUCCUUCGAUUUUAUUUCAUGAUAACUAGGACAUAGAUGUGAUGCCUGGUGCUCAGGUGGCCAUUUUGUGAGCUUCAGAUUGGAGUCCAUGUGCUGAGGACAGUGGAACAUAAAGAUUCGCAGAGGCUGGACCUUCAGUAACUGUGAGUUACCAGCCUGGCCUGGACUUCCUGCCUCUAAACUUACUCAAGUGAGUGAACAGACCACUGUGUGUUUGUGUCAUAUUAAUUAGUUUUUCGUUAUAUAUAUAAAUACCUAAUGUGAUGUAGGAAGAAAACAGAGAGGGGAUGGAAAUCAUUUUUUUAGUCAAAGUCACAAUACAAUGAAGUUAAUUUGUUGUGAGAACUCAUUUGCUUUGACUUAAGAGUUCAAAAUGGUAGGGGCCAACGCCAUGGCUCACUUGGCUAAUCCUCCUCCUGAGGUGCUGGCAUCCCAUAUGGGUGCCGGGUUCUUGUCCCAGUUGCUCCUCUUCCAGUCCAGCUCUCUGCUGUGGCCCGGGAGUGCAGUGGAGGAUGGCUCAAGUGCUUGGGCCCUGCACCUGCAUGGGAGACCAGGAGGAAGCACCUGGCUCCUGGCUUCAAAUCGGCGUAGCGCUGACCAUAGAGGCCAUUUGAGGGGUGAACCAAUGGAAGGAAGACCUUUCUGUCUGUCUCUCUCUCUCUCUCACUAACUCUGUCAAAUUAAAAAAAAAAAAAAAAGGUGAA